AUGUUGCCGCUUUAAUAUGCUAGGGGACAUGAAUAUCCUGUUGAGAAGUUUUGUACAAAUGAAUAUUGUAAAGAGAAAAGAUUAUUUUGCUUUGAAUAAUGCUCUAAAAUUGAAUCCCUACAUGGAAAUCAUAAUAAAGAUACUGAAAAAAAAAAAAAAUUGAAACUUUGUGAAUAUUUGAAAGAGUUAUCUUAAUAAUGCAAUAAAAUAGUAGAGGAGAUAGAAAUCUAAUUUUCAAAAAUGUAACAACAUUUCAAGCAAUUUAAAUCAGGAAUUCUAGCUACGUAUUCAAUAAUGGAGAGUGAUCUGCUAAAUUUAAAUUCAAAUGAAAUUAGUAAAUACUUUAAGUAAUUUUAUUAAAUUUAAUAAAGAAAUCGCAGGCUAGCAGAUUAGUUUAUAGAAAUCACUGACAAAUUUAUAUAAAUCUAAAAGAUUACAGUGAAGAAUUUGAAAUAAAUCAGGUCGAAGAUUCUGAAGAUGAAGUUCCUUGUAAUCCUAAACCAUUUUCAUAUGAAUUAAUGA